AUGGCUGCACAGGUUCAAGAUCUUCUGCGGUUCUUGUCACAGGAUGCCAAGAUCCCCCUGGCCCUCGCCAUGGGAAAGACCUUGGAACUACAAAAGGCUAACUUGACCAAUCCAGAAUACAUUGCCAAAGGAAAAAUUGAAGUCCUCCAGACAAUUUUCAAUGACCCCAAAGUCGCCAAGCAAGUACUAAACGCCGCCAAACGAGUCACCAAGAAACGGGGAUCCCCCACUGAUGCUACAACUACCUCGCCCCAGAAAAGACGAAAAGGCCCCAAUAUCACAGGAGACUCAACGCCGUACGAGAUUGAGUCAGCACUCAGUCUACCCGUCUCGUCUGCUAGCGAGGAUGACCUAAGCAACACAAUUCUCGUGACAAAUCGAGCACCCCUGGUCCUUGCCUUUGCCCUGUGCGUUUUGAAAUACACAAUGCCCGAGCAGCCGAUCUCGAGUAGAUUGAGUCUUGCCCAGGCAGUGGUCAGUGUCAACAGCCGUUCCAAGGCUGUUAGUCUUGGUAUCGAAAGCGGCAAAUCCGCCGAAGAGGAAGGUUGGGGCGAGGGCCAUCCCGUCGUCAGAGUACUUGGCAGAGAGAUCCGGGUGCUGAAACGAUGGGACUAUAAUCCCCGUGAAGGUGAACCAGCUUCAAGUGCCGCUACAGGACGUAGCGCAGACACGGCAUCUGCUGCCAACAACGAAGAUAACCAGCGGGAAACCCCUGAAGACGCUCACCGAAUGCCACCCCUCUGGGGCGUGGAUUUGGAGGCCAUGAGGAACUCCCAUCAUAGUGUUCCUGGAAAAGAGCCCAAAGAUCACAGUGUGCUCCCCAUCUACACAGCACAAUCUGCGCGGUCAUACCUGCUACGAUCACUCUCAAAGCCGGAAGAACACCCCCCGGAGCCUGUUAAACCUAAACCUGCUACUGUGGUCCAAAACGAGAAAAAGGAAUGUGUGGGUCAUCUCCUCCGAGCUAUCGAUCUGGUCUGCCAGUCGUGGGCCUCGACCCUAGAUCACCGGGAAUUGGACCGACGAGCUUGGGCUUGGUAUCUCCGUGUUCGGCCAGAUGUGCAGAGCGGAGUACACGGCUGGGGGGAGAAAGGGCAGGUGAAGUUGUCUGGCAUCCUGAGUCUGCGAAGAGACCCUUGA